CACCCAGGCCCCAGUUAGCUUGGGCCACACCAGCUCAGGAUCAGCAUGGCCGUCCGUCUAUGGGUGGUCACCCUGGCCUUGGCUGCCCUCCUCGCYCUGGACACAGAGGUGCCAGUGUCAGCAGGAAAUCACAUUUUCUCAAGAAUGCCCAUCUGUGAGCACAUGACAGAGCCUCCAAAUUGUUCCCAGACACCUAACCUCGUCUGUGGCACUGAUGGGGUCACAUACAACAGUGAAUGUCAUCUCUGCUUGACCCGAAUAGAAACCAAAAAGGAUAUCCAGAUCAUAAAGGAUGGCAAAUGCUGA